AUGGAGGGUAUUAAAUUAGACCUUACAAUUCUGGAAUCGCGGCUGCUUGCUGCAUUGUCGGAAAAUGAAUAUGAGUCGGACAUUAACUUGCUUAGAGUAAAAUUAAAAGAAUUGGAAGGCGUUGUGCGGAAUCAAGAUGAAGUUAAUCGCCGAAUUAUCGAGGAGAAUGUAUUUUUUAAAUCAAAGUUAUUAUUCCUCGAGAAGCUAGUGCUUAAUAUGUCCCAAGGCUAUCAGAACAAAGGUAGUGGAUCAGGUAACCCAAUUAGCAUUAUAGAGGAAUCGCCAACGCGUGACAGUGACCAACUUAGUAGCUUGAAUAAAAAUAGUUUUAGCUCAUCUCGCAAUACUAACAACAGCCUAUCUCGUGAUAACGAACUAAGUGCUAAUCUAACUGUAAAUAAUAUUGAUCUUCAACAAUCUAUAGUCUCGAAUACUAUUGAUAUUGACCCUAGGAAUUCGAGCUUUAACGUUGUUGGAACACGCACACCUCAGGAACAAAAUCAAAUCCCAUUACAUGUUAGACAACAAGCCACUGAGGUGAAUACUAGUAAUAUCGACCUUAGUAACCUGAGUCAACAACUCAAUGACCCGAAUACUAAUGACAUUGACCUAGGGAAUAUUAAUGAGUCGCCUUCAAAGCAAAUACUAGUACCGAGUAAACAGAAAAAAGAUACUGGUACAUUAGUGAAUAGAACCUCGAAGCCCCUAAAAUCACAACUUGAAAAAGAAGAUAAUAAUACUGGAAAAAGCACUAUACCCUGCCCAUUUCUUAAGCGUCGAGGGUGGUGCGCAAAGGGAAGGCGUUGCGAUUUUAAACAUCCACGUGGUGAACAAAAACAUUUGGUGCCCUGUCCCUUUUUGCAAAAUCGAGGCUUUGCUUAA